AUGCAGAAACGGAGGACGGUGAGGGACUCUUCGAAGGUAACGGCGGUGAGAAAUGGGAAAUGCUCGGAUUCCGGCGGAAAGAAGGGGUGUGAGACGAGAUUGAUGAAGUUCGAGGAGUUGCCUCGGUAUCUCAAGGACAACGAGUUCAUACACAAUCACUAUCGAUGUGAAUGGUCUCUCAAGGAGACUUUCCUCAGCGCUUUCUCAUGGCACAAUGAGACUCUCAACAUCUGGACGCACUUGGGUGGGUUUCUGAUAUUCGGUUGGAUGAUGGUGGUGAGCUCCAUGGAAACGACGGAGGUCGGCCUCGCCGGCUUCGUUAGCAUGCUCUCCGGAGCAACAAUUCGCUGGCCAUGGCCGUCAAUGCCAAUGGCAAAAGAUCUUAACUUCUCCAGCGAUCAUACUAUGUAUCACGACUCGAACGUGACACACACAAGCUCAUUCCUGAACUUAUCAGGAGAAGUGGACUACGAAACAAUUCCAAAAUGGCCAUGGAUCGUCUUCCUAUCAGGAGCAAUGAUCUGCUUGAUCUGCAGCUCCAUGUCACACCUCUUCGCAUGCCACUCAAGAAAAUUCAACCUCUUCUUCUGGCGACUAGACUACGCAGGAAUCUCCCUCAUGAUCGUCUGCUCCUUCUUCGCACCAAUCUACUACGCCUUCUCCUGCCACACUCACUGGCGUCUCUUCUACCUCUCCUCCAUCUCCAUCCUCGGCCUCCUCGCAAUCUUCACCCUCCUCUCUCCAGCUCUCUCAGCUCCACGUUUCAGAUCUUUCAGAGCAGCCCUGUUCCUAACAAUGGGAUUCUCCGGCGUCAUACCCGCCUCACACGUUCUCUACCUUCAUAAAGAUCAUCCUAACGUGCUUGUCGCUCUCGUUUACGAGCUUGCGAUGGCUGUGCUGUACGCAACAGGAGCAGGGUUUUACGUUAGCCGUAUACCAGAGAGAUGGAAGCCUGGAGCUUUUGAUAUUGCAGGACAUAGCCAUCAGAUAUUCCAUGUGUUCGUAGUCUUAGGAGCUCUUGCUCAUAGUGUUGCCUCUCUUCUCAUCAUGGAUUUCCGACGGGCUUCACCUUCUUGUGCCUUUUGA